AUGACACCUUUCGAAGUUGUCUAUGGUGUGCCUCCGCCUAGACUACUCAGUUACAUCCUAGGGACUACUAGGGUUCAAGCAGUAGAGGAAGUGCUUCGCAAUAGGGAGCAAAUCCUCAAAUUGCUUCACCACAAUUUAAAGCAUGCACAGCAGAGAAUGAAGAAAUAUGCGGAUAUUCAACGAACUGAACGAACAUUUGAAUUGGGUCAGGCAGUUUACCUCCGGUUGCAGCCUUAUCGACAUACAUUGGUGACCCAUCGCCGCGCCUUAAAGCUUGCACCCCGUUUUUAUGGCCCUUUCACCACCAUCCGGAAGGUGGGUGAGGUAGCUUACGAGUUGGAUCUGCCCCUGGAGUCCCAAAUCCACCCGGUAUUCCACGUUUCUCAGUUGAAGCCAAAGUUGGGAUCUUCCUCUUCUGUUGUCCCUAAGCUCCCUCCCGUGGACUCUCAUGGUGUCUUCCAGCCUGAACCGGUGGAGGUACUGGACCGCCAUUCUCGACCGCAUAAUAACCGGACUUUCAUUGAACUGUUGGUUCGUUGGGAGGGCCAAACUGCCGACGACGCCACUUGGGAGGAAUUCCACAGCUUGGAAAAUGCCUACCCCCACCUUGCAGGCAAGUCAGCUCUACUUCUCCUACAAACACAAAGCCCAUACAAAUCCCGCUACUUGUCGUCGUCUUCUAUUUCUAAUCAAGUGGUGGAAGCAGAGGAUGACGUCGCAAUAGCGAGCUCGGGAAUCAGUCUGCCGCUCUCCGAAAUCCUCAAAGAACUGAACAAGAAAGUCCCUGAUUCCCUAUUCAAAGUCCACCAGGAAGAUGGCUUCUCCAUGACAUAUAUUCCCUGGUACAAGUAUCACUAG